AAAAAAAAUAGGGAGACUGCAGCCAGGCAGAAAGUGAGGAUGUGGAUGGGGUGGAGGGUGCAGUGCCCUUAGGGGUCUGGUGGAGGUUAGGGAUCUUUGAUUAAUACACAAGAGGGAGUAGGCAAGCAGGAUGGGGGGGGGCGGUGGAGAGUGGAAUGCACACAGGGCUUUAGUUAUAGCGGCAGUGGGAGCUGGUGUUGAGGCAGGAUGGAAGAUGAGGCUUGAGAGGGAGAAGGGUCAAGGAUCAGAAGCCAGGGUGCUAGAGAGACCCCCGGCCUUCUUCAAGGACGGUGCCUAUCUGUAGAGGGAAGGCGCUUAGUCCUAAGGGAAGUGCUUGGCCUCCUGAAGACCACGCACAGCCUUCUCAGACUUGUCUAGCCUCCUGGAGGGGAUGGGCAGCAUCCUAUGGCUGGUGUGAUGGUCGGCUCCCACGCAGACAUGGCGCCGGCCUCUACCACCGAGGGGCCCGGGGAGAAGCCCGGCCCCGCAGCCCCCGCCCCGACGGCCCAGUAUGAGUGUGGGGAGUGCGGCAAGUCGUUCCGCUGGUCAUCCCGGCUCCUGCACCACCAGCGCACGCACACGGGCGAGCGGCCCUACAAAUGCCCCGACUGCCCCAAGGCCUUCAAGGGCUCGUCCGCCCUGCUCUACCACCAGCGGGGCCACACGGGCGAGCGGCCCUACCAGUGCCCCGACUGCCCCAAGGCCUUCAAGCGCUCGUCGCUGCUGCAGAUACACCGCAGCGUGCACACGGGCCUGCGGGCCUUCACGUGCGGCCAGUGCGGCCUGGCCUUCAAGUGGUCCUCGCAUUACCAGUACCACCUGCGGCAGCACACGGGCGAGCGGCCGUACCCGUGCCCCGACUGCCCCAAGGCCUUCAAGAACUCGUCCAGCCUGCGGCGCCACCGGCACGUGCACACGGGCGAGCGGCCCUACGCCUGCGGCGUGUGCGGCAAGAGCUUCACGCAGAGCACCAACCUGCGGCAGCACCAGCGCGUGCACACGGGCGAGCGGCCCUUCCGCUGCCCGCUCUGCCCCAAGACCUUCACGCACUCGUCCAACCUGCUGCUGCACCAGCGCACGCACUCGGCCGAGCGCCCGUUCGCCUGCCCCGUCUGCGGCCGCAGCUUUGUCAUGGCCGCCUACCUGCAGCGGCACCUGAGGACGCACGCCCCCGCCCCCACGGCCGCCGCCCCUCCUGCCAUCCCCAGGUUCCCUGAGGAAACCGUGGCCGGAGCGUCGGCUGCAGCGUCCCACAGCGGCCAGGACGGCGCCCCCUGCCCCUUCCCCAGUUCCCUCGGCCUCGCCAGAGCCCCCUGGCCCACCGGUGACCCCCGACUCUGCGCCACGGCUUAUUCCCGAGACAGCUUCAACGCGGGAGGUGACCUCUGA